AUGGAGUGGACAGAAACUAAUCAAACUAUUCUAGAGAAGUUUAUGGAGGAAUAUAUAAAGAAUUUAUCUGAACUAUCGUCUUUUUAUUUAAAUCUAGAUUAUAAUAAAUUAGCUUCAAUCAUUAAUUACAAUGACAUAGAAAUCAUAAAGUUGAGAAUUGACGAAAUUUUUGAUGAUCAUUACUUGAUUCAAGAUGAUCUAAAUUAUUCAAAACUACUAAAAUCAAAAGAAGAAUUCAAUAAUAGCGAAAUCUUGAGAAUUAUUCAAUCAAUUGAUUUACAACCAUUUAAAGAAAAUAGUCCAUUACAACAGCAACAACCUCAAAAUUCAUCCGAUGAAGUAUUUGAAUCAACAAUUAUAGAGCAAUUGCCUAGAGCAGAGAUGCCAAAACUUACUAAAAAGCAAAGAAGACAAUCAUUGGAUUUAAUGCAUUCAAGACCAUCAUUGGGUAUUCGUAAAGAUACUCAAUUAACAACAGCUCCAGCUAUUAGUACAACCAACGUAAACGUCACAGCAAGUUCAAAAGCGAUACUUAAAAUACCCUCGAAAAAGUUUAUUGACUCAAAAGAUGUUCAAUCAAUACGGCAAGCUGCAGUACCGAACAUGAAACAGAGACGUACUUCAUUAGUAGGAGCUCAAUUACCAAAUUAUAUUCGCAAACAACUUAUAGGAAAUCGUCAAAUCCAAAAGAUAACUCCGAAAUCAUCAGUAAGACGUAUGAAUUUACAAAAUGAUCAACUCAACAUGAACAACAAUACCAAUGCAAAUAAUAUACAACAAAAUCACUAUCUGCCUUCAAAUUCAACCAUAACUAGAAAACAACAAACAAGACUACAGAAUUUACUAAGUAACUCACAAUCAUUAUAUGCUCAUUCAAACUCAAAUGAUGUAGAAUCUACAACAAACACAUCUGAUUUAGAAAAUCGACUAAGAUAUGAUACAGAUGAUGACGAUAAAGAAUACAUUUCACCGGAUCUGUUAGCCAAAUUUUAUGGUUUACAAUAUGAAGGUGAUGGAGGGGAUUACGAGGAGGAAGAUGACGAAGAUGAGGAUGAAGAUGACGAGGAAGAAAACGAGUUUGUGAAUUUAGAAGAAAAUAGUAAUCAAUUAAUUAACGGAAAUGAUGAAAAUGAUUAUCUAUUUAAAAUAUAA